AUGUGUCGGUCAAAAAAAGGACUUGAGGACUGGCUCGACAGGCUCGCUCUUCCCGCCGCUGGGCGAAGGCGAGGGUUGCAAGUGCCUUGGCUCGUCAGGGAGAGUAGGGCCGAACCAGUAGGAAGGGCGCUUGGACGAAGGAACCUGGGACGAAGACGUGGAGGGAGGGUGACGAAGGAGGGCACUCGGACGGCAAGGAGACGGAUGGCUGAGUCGAAGUUUGGCGGUACGUUGGAGAAUUGGCUCGAGUGGGCGAGAUGCGGCUGGCGCUGGCGGCCAAGUUUACCUCGUCGAGACAUGACGGAUCAUGGAAGGGGGGGGGAUUUGAAGCUGGAGCAGGGGUCAGACGGGUAUCGCAUGAAGGAAACGCGUUUCACGCCUACCUGGCAAUUAAAAGAUCAAUUAUGCGAUCCAGGGAUCCCGGGCAGUCUUUCUAGAAGGAGUGGGACUCUUUUCUAG